AUGAAGUCCCAGCUCCACGCGCGCAGAUCUGUGGCACACCUGCGGUCGCGGCUGCUUCAGGAGUCAGUCUCCUCUCCUACAGACCGACACAGUGCGAUGUGUCGAGAGCGAGAAGAUGCAAAGGGAACAAGGGCAAUGCGCCUGCGGAACUUUGGGCAGCCUCCACGCAGUAACGGGCAAACGAACAAGCACGACCUUACCGAACCGCUCGGCACCCCAGACACCGGCCCCGGUAACCUCAGUAGACCGCUGCUGUUCGAAGGCGAGAUCCAGUCUCCCAGCCCCGCUCCUUGCCGCUGUACGCUUUUCAAGCCGCGCACAGAUGAGUACAGCCCCGUCAGUCCGCUCUAUGCUCCCCGUGUGCACGAGCCUUCCUUCACGCCCAGUGGAGCCAGGAAGAUUUGA